AUGCUCAGGCGAACCGCGCCGUGCCUCAAAUAUAUCCACCCCGCCCCCAGUUUACGAGCCUUCCGGUCCAUCAACGAGGAGAGCCUCGACCGGUAUUGCCCUGGGGGUUACCAUCCCGUCCGGAUUAGUGAAGCUUUCGAUGAGGGCAGGUUCCGCAUAAGUAACAAGCUUGGAUACGGGCCAUAUUCAACUGUGUGGCUGGCAUAUGAUAAAAAAACGACGCGUAAUGUUGCACUUAAAAUCUGCACUGCGGACCCUCCCCGAGGCGGCUCGUUUGAGCGGGGGAUUCUCGAUGGCAUCAGGACACAAAUCACUUCUCAGCCAGGAUCCCACCGCAUUCUUCAGCUAUCCCAUUCAUUCAAACACAAAGGAAUACACGGGAACCACCUCUGUCUCGUGUUCGAUCUGAUGGGGCCCGAUCUCGAGGACUAUCGGAAUUUUUUUCCCGGCCGGCGGCUUCCGGUGGCCCUAGUGAAGAGGAUAACGAGGCAGCUUCUCUUCGGGCUGUGGUCUCUCCACAGCGUAUGCAAGAUCAUCCACGCAGACAUCAAGCCGCAGAACAUCUUAACAGAAACCCCGGAAACCAGGGCCGUGGCCAAUAGCGUCGCGGGUUAUGAAUUGCAGCCCAUCGACCCACUGUUUGACAUGCCGGAUGAGUUUUACAUUGCAUCCUCCAAGGUUUACACCCUCGAUGCGGACAUGACCCGACCUGCUAGGCUUGCGGUGCGCUUGGCGGACUUUGGACACGCAAGCUGGUUCGACCGAAAGCUCCCUGGCAAUACCCAGGGGCAGAGAAUCCAAGCACCGGAGGUGGUCCUGGAUGCUAAAUGGGACCAUAAAAUCGACAUUUGGCAAAUUGGCCUGCUUGUGUGGGACCUUAUUGAAGGGCAACCCCUUUUCAACGGCUAUCCACCAAACACCACGAAGUACAACCCCGAUGCGCAUCUGGCGCAGAUGACGAGCACCUUAGGCCCGAUGCCCACGCGGCUCAUUGAGGGUGCCGCUCCCGAUAAGCGGCAACUAUUUUCAGAGGAUGGCAAUAUGGUAGACGAUUUCAACUUUCCCCGGACUUCUCUCGAAGAACGUAGUCAAGUUACCGGCAUGCCAGAUAUCGAAAAAAUGCGUUACUUCGACUUCCUCAAACGUACUCUGAGCCUUGACCCGAACAGCCGGCCCGAGGCGGAAACGCUCGUGGACAUACCGUGGCUCAGCUCCAUCUAG